CGAAAAAUGUGAAGAACCAGCUCCAAACAGCCACGCAAAACCAGCGCGGCUCGAAUCCCCGUUCCCGUUCCCAAACUCCUACCACCACUCCGCGUCCGCGCGCACGUCUCCCGUAGUCAACCCCCACGCUCUCACCGCUUAAGAGCGCACAAAAACAACUUCCCCCGUUCCCCGCCUCUUCCCAUGGCCGCAUCGGGAGGCGAAGAAGCGGAACCCUCGGCAUCGUCACCUUCGUCUCCGGCUCCGUGGAUCACGCUGGAGGAGUGGAGCGGAUCCGCCGCCACCAAGCUCUCCCGCACCGCCGUCCUCACCGGCACCUCCUCCUCUCUCGCCAUCCACAGGUUCGGGAGCCGAUGGGGACAGGUAUGGAGGAAGAUUCUCGGGGCCUUUGUGCCGGAGGGAUUUCCAGGCAGUGUGACUCCGGAUUAUGUUCCAUUCCAGAUAUGGGAUUCCUUGCAGGGACUUUCAACGUACAUACGCUCCAUGCUAUCUACCCAAGCUCUCUUGAGUGCAAUUGGAGUUGGUGAAAAAUCUGCUACCGUCAUCGGUGCUACUUUCCAGUGGUUUUUAAGGGAUUUCAUGGGGAUGCUUGGAGGUAUCUUGUUCACGUUUUACCAGGGGUCUAAUCUUGACAGUAAUGCCAAGAUGUGGCGUCUAGUUGCAGAUUUUAUGAAUGAUAUCGGAAUGCUGAUGGAUCUCCUCUCUCCUUUGUUUCCUUCAGCUUUGAUAGCAAUAGUCUGCUUAGGAAGCGUGUCUAGAUCGUUCACUGGUGUUGCUAGUGGAGCAACUAGAGCAGCUUUGACUCAACAUUUUGCACUUGAGAACAAUGCAGCUGAUAUCUCAGCGAAAGAGGGUAGUCAAGAGACAGUUGCAACAAUGACAGGGAUGGCUCUGGGAAUGCUACUAGCUCAUAUUACGAGGGGCCAUCCUUUUGCUGUAUGGUUUUUGUUCCUGUCUCUGACUAUAUUUCAUAUGUAUGCGAACUACAAAGCAGUUCAGUGCCUUUCACUUACUACGUUAAAUUAUGAGAGAAGCUCCAUUUUGCUACAAUAUUUUAUGCAGAGUGGAAAAGUUCUAACACCGGAACAAGUCUCUCCCAGAGAACAUAUAUUCCCUUUUUGGGCCAGAUGGCGGAGAUUAAUAAAGCCUAAACUACAACAUGAACAUGUACGGUUAGGCGCUAAAGCCUCUAGACUUGCACAUUCGGAUUUGAUGGUGCUUGCUGAAUUAGCGAGAUCCUGCUAUAAAGAUGCUAAAUAUCUGUUGUUGGAGAAGCAAGGGGAUAUUUAUGUGUUCAUCCAUAAGCACGCCAACCCUGCGGAUAUCUUAAAGUCCUACAUUCACAGUCUUGUAAUAGCAAAUCUCAUGAAUAAAAGCAAAUCUUUGCACACACACAGCCAACUAUGGAUGAAUGAACAGUAUCCUAUUUUCAUUGAAAAGCUGCGGUCCGCAGGAUGGGCAGCAGAGCGACUUCUUUCGCCGGCGACUGUUUGGAGGGCACACUGGGUUCAUGGCCCUGCAAAUAGUUAGAUCAUAAUUUACAGUAAAUAAAACUAUCAGUUUUUGUAUUGAAAACCCUUAAAAUAUUCUUUUUAAUACUACACAGGCUGUGUGUAAUGUGCCCCAAUAUUUAUGAAUAAUUUUUCUAGAUUUUCAUGUA